CCAGUCUAGACCCCAGGGAACGGCCUUAGACACUCCAAAUGUAUCAAUUGCUACACCAAACCAAGGAACACACGGAACAAUACAGGCCAUUCUGGCAGGGGGUAAAUCAUCAUUUCUAAUACCAAACAGUUAAAUUCUUGUUCAAAAGUUUAUUGUUAAGUUUUUAAAAGUGGAUAUUGUGUUGUUGCAUUAGUUCCCUUCAAUGGUGCAAAUAGUGUGAUUGUUAUUUAAUAUUUUACCACACAUUCAAAGGGCCAAUGUUAUAUUUUUGGCUCUGCUGGUAAUCCAAGUUGAGAAUUACAGAUCACAGUUCAUAUAAUUUAUAAUACAUGACUUAUCCUCUUGACUUAAAUGGAUGUAUAUAAUGUUAACUUCGGUAACUAUAAUGUAUUUAUGAAAGGCACUGCUAUAUUUUCAUAGUACCUUACGGAUUUUAAAUUUUAUUAUACUUAUACAUGGAUUAAAAUUAACAAUUCAUCCAGUAUUAAAUUAUGUUGUAUCUGUUGUGAAAACAAAGUUAACAUCCAUUCACUGUUGGAUUUUCAACUUAACACCCUUGGUCAAAUGUUUCGUAGUUUGUUUUCAGAAAAACUGCCUUACUUAAUGCACAAAAGAAAUGCUCUUAGUGAUGUAACAGUUAAAAUUAUAUAAACUGUAUUGUUAUGCAAUUACUUAUAUUUUAAUAUUUUUAAAUAGGGGAAUUACAACUUCUCACCAUGUGUUAUGUUUACCUUCCAGAUCUUCUCAACAGCGCUGAUAUAGCAGGAUUGUCCCCCUUAGUCUAUCAUUUGAGUGGGCAAGGCCCAGGACCAUUAACUGCAGCCUUACAAGCCUCAGGGGUUACAUUUACACCAGGGUAAUUACUAACUUUGCUAUUCCAAACUUAAUAUACUCAGUCUCAAAUAACACAAUUUAAUCAAAAGGUAUGUGUACAGUAUAGCCUUCAGACACAAUUUAGAGAUGUUCAAUAAAAUAAAUUGCUGGCAUUAACUCUGUGUUCAGUUGCUACAGAACUUAUUUUCAGUCCACAAUGCUAAGUAAUCAAAAAUAUUCAAACCUCUUACAUUUUAAGAAAUAAACAAAUUUAAAAUUAAUUUUCAUAUCCUUUUUGUCCCCUGUCAAUGAGUGUCUAGACUUCAUCUAUUAUCUAUAAGCUCAUGAAGUCUUUUUAUGUUAGGUUAGGCUGCCACAACAGUAAAUUUUUAAAAAAAACUGUAACACAUCUUUGUUAGGCUGGAUUUUGAAUGCUUCUUUAUUGGAAGAACAAAAAAAAAAAAUUAAAAUUUGAGAGUUACAUGAGGUUAGCAUUAACGUAAAUAUAAGAGUAAAGUUUGAAGCUUGUUUAAAAUAUAAAUCAUCACAUUGUUAUGAGUUAAAUUAUAUUUUUAUAUAUAUAUUUCUUAUUAUACAUUUAAAAGUCAAUUGUUCAUGUGGUUUUUCUUGUACUAUUUAAAAAAGUCACAGGUCACUUUGCAUCUUUAAAAUAAGUUCAAUUCAAAUUGAAAAAUGGUUGGGAACCUGUGAACUAUUUGUUUUAAUAAACUUACUGUAAUUGAAAUUAGUCACUUAUUUAAUGAAAUAUAACCCUUUUUUUUUUAAAGGUAAAUGUCAUCUUUGUGAAUCAGCUGAAUAGAUAUUAUAAUUGAACACUUGUUCCUCAGCGGUACCAUGUCCAUGUCUUCGGCUCCAAUCCCUAUAUUGUCUCAGAAGGGUAACCUUAUAAAACAAGAACCCGGGUCUCCAAUGAAAAGUGAUCAAUCUGCGGGCGCAGCAUCCGUUACACCUCCUCCUCACCCAUCUGGAACGCUGCGGGGCUCAGACGAGCCAAUAGAUAAACGACCUCGAUUAGAUAAUGAUGGUUAAUGUGUGCUAAUUCAGUAAACAAAAAAAUUACAUAGUUUAACUUACACCAUUUGUUAAUGUUAUAGGGACGGGUUGAGUUAUGUUGUAAUAUGUAUUUGUUAAGGUUAAAUUAAUAUACCGGUAGGAACUUUUAAAAAUUGCUCUGGCUGCCUCCUACUUGGUGAAAAAAAGGUAUUUUGGGAAGGAAAUGUAACUUCCAUCUUACAAUAUUUAAUUAUAGUACACAGCACGUGUUAUGUAACUAUUUAUAAAUCAUUUGAUUAGCUGGAUGAAAAUAAAAAUUGUUAGUUAUAACACAGAAGAAAGUAAUUAAAUGUAGCUUGUUUAAAAAAAAAAUUUAACGAAUCUGUGAUAUUUUGCCGGUGACAUCAGCUAAAUAUUUCAGAGAGGUUUUAGAAGAUUGUCCAUGCACCAUAAUUUCUGGGGCUGUCGGAGGAAUUCUUGAGUCAGGCUAAUCUAGAUCAGCAGUUGAAUAACAACAUAUUAAACCAUAUUUUAUCGUGGGGCUUUAUCUUAUCCAUUGUUUGUAUUUGGGGGAAAUACUUUCUAUGUUAAACAAUUAUACAUUCUGCUCAUCACUUGUUGUUUUGUCACUGAGAUAUUUAUCAAAAUACAUGUCUUCAUUAUUACUGUUCAUCACUUGGAAAGAACCACAUUAUUUUAAACACUUUUGGUACCCGCAGGUGAAGAAGUGAGAGCACAAAAUUACCUGAUCUUUCUAAGGUCAGAUGAUCAUUGUUGAAUUCCGACACUGCACCUACUUAUAGUUAUAACCUCAAAAGUUUUUUUUUGUUAUAAAUAGAGAUGUCAUCAUAAAUUUUGCAGUAUCAUCAUGACUUAAGUUUUAUUGUAAAUAACCUUUUUUUUUUUUUUUUUUAAAGUAAAUUUUCCAUUUUUUGAAGUAAAAAAAUACAUGAUCAUUUUUUUAAGGAACUGGGUUGGAUUUAAAAAUUUUCUGGAAUUGGAAAGAAUAUGACGGAUUAAUCAUUGCACAGGUGUUCCUCCACCGUUAGUGUUAACUGUUCACUAGAGCUACAAAAUAAAUGAUUAAAUCUGUUUUCCUGCACUAUAUAUAUUAUAACUAGCAUAUCAACUACUUUCAUAUUUCUCAUCAACUUCCUUCAUUGGCUAUGAUUUUUCAGCAUUAUUUUAUUUGCAGAAUUCUUUCAUUGACAUUCAGUGUUAUUUCUACAUGUUAUUCUGUGUUUGCAAACAGUAAAUGUGCUGCUAAUACUUCUUGAAGUACAAGAAAGGCCUUCAGACUAUGUAGAUCUGCUUUACUUUUAACUAUUUUUGUUUUAAGGAAACAAGCUUUAUUUUUCUUUCCCUCCCAUUUUACAGCAAUUCUUGUGAUGUUUUGAGAGAUCAUUAAGUCAUUAUUUUUUUUUGUUAUUAAAGAGGUGAAAUUUUGUUUUUUUUUUCUCCAAACUAUGUGGAAAGGACUUGGUUUCCUCUCACUGAAAUGCAUUUUGUUCAUUGACUAAAUGUAUGCACUGCAUUGAAGUCGGUCAAAAACUAGAUAUUUUUAGACAUAAAGUUCUAAUCUUGUUUUAAACAAAAGGAAACAUUAUAACAAGACAACUGAAAUGUUUACUCUUUAUAUCAACUGGUUGUACAAGUAUGUACAAAAUUUAAAUAUUAUUUUGUAGAACAUUUUUUUUGGAGACCAAUUUGGUAUUGUUAAUUUUAUACUUCAGGAUAAUUCAUUUUUGUCUUUGUAAAGUUCAUCCUCUUUGUUGGAGUAGAUCAGACUAACUUAUGUAUUUCUUAAUAGCAACUGGUUUUUAGACAUGACUGAUUUCAGUGGCUCUUUUUAUAUAUAUAUAUAUAUAAAUAAAAUCAUCCCCAAUUUUGACAUAAUCUUAUAAUUGUGAUAUCACAUAUCCUAUGAACAAACUUUCCCAUUUAGUGCAACAGAACUUGGGUGUCCUGUACAAGCUGUAGGGCAUAUGCUUCAUAUCACUAAUAUGGGAGAAAUAGAAUAGAUCAAGAUAUUUAGCUUUGGUUUUUUGAGGCACUCGUUCCAAUGAAGAUUACCAACUCCUGACAUGGGUGUGGUGGCUCUCAUACUGAAUCAUUCAUGACUUGUGGAGAUAUCCCAUGGCUUCUGUUCAGAAAAUUGCCUUUCAUCAUCUUUAUCAUCGUUAUAGUUUAUGCUUUAAAUGCUGCUAGGAAAUCCAAGGUUUAACUGAUAUGAAGUUGCUAAAGUAUGAUAUUUUGUACAAAUAACAGAAUAAAUUUGGUAAAUCAUUGUCAACUUGUUAAAAAAAAUUAGAAAUAAUUGUAAUAGUUUCAUAUUUUUUUUAUUGUCAAGUAAAAGAUAAGUUGAUUUAUUGAUCCAAAUAAAUAGAAAUUUUAUUUUUAUGACAUUGUACAGAUUCAUUUUCAGCACAUAAAUUUAUACAUAUUUUAACCAAGACAACAUUUUACUAUUAGAAAAGUUUAAACACAUGACAUCUAAAGUAUUUCUCUAGUGAAAAAAUCAGUCAUCAAAUACAGAAAAAAACACCAUAUUAACUUCCUUAAUGACAAUAAUGACUUAAUUAUUUAGAUUUAGUAACAGCUGGUGAUGAGGAAAUUGACAAGAAACUAAAAUUUAUUGCAUUAUGUUUUAAAGGAAGACUCUCAAUAUUGCUUGAACUACUUUUACAGAUGGCGUCUCUUUCAAGAAAAGUUUGAAUUUCUAAAUUAAAAUCAUAGACCACAAUAGUUAGGAAGUUAUAACUUCACUAUAACAUAUUACACAUAAAAAACCUUUCUAAAAAAAGGGUGUUGCCUCUGUUAGAUCUCAUUUAGUAAUGGCUUUUGAAUAGCUGAUCUUACUUUAAUAUCCACCAUUCUCUAGCAUUAUGUUCUUGUAUUUUUGCAGAUCUAUACAUAUGUCUAAAACUAAACUCCCAUUUUUAUUCUCUCCCUUUCACCCAGUUAAUGUUCUUUGGCCUUAAAUCUGUUCUCUUUGUGUCAUGUUGCUAUGACAACAUAAUAUGUAAAUAGAGUGUGCACAUUUUGUGUAAAUAUUAGCUGACAUUUUUUUUUUUUUUGUGUUGAAUGCAUCUUUGUAAAUAGUUAUUACUGAACAGCAAUAUGUUGUUUCCACU